UAUAGAGGUUUAACUGUAAUUUGAUUGCAUGUCUAGGUACUCCGUGGAUUACUUGGACAAAUCCUACACUCGAGGAAUCGUUUCUUCCGACACGCUCACGUUAAAUUCUACUACAGGUUCGCCAGUGUCGCUCCGAAACUUCGUUUUCGGAUGCGGGUACAACAAUCAAGGCAUAUACGAGAGAAGCACGUGCGGAAUAAUCGGCCUCGGGAUAGGACCAGGCUCGUUCGUCACGCAAAUGGGGCCCACGGUCGGCGGGAAAUUCUCGUACUGCAUGAUCUCUCACGACCACCACCUCAACACCUCGAAAUCAAGCAAGAUCCACUUCGGAGAAAGAGCCGCGGUUUCCGGACCCGGGUCGGUCUCGAUCCGAUUAUAUUUCUACGAAAACGCGUACUUCGUGAGUCUCAAAGGAUUAAGCGUCGGAAAAAGGAAGUUGGAUUCGUUCGACGGCAAAAUAGCGGUCGAUUCCGGGGCCACGUUGACUUAUCUCCCUAAGAAAAUGUACAACUCUUUACAAGCUGCAAUCAAAAAGGAGAUUAAGUUGAAAGCUGCUGAGCCAGUAGAUAAACUGCUGAGGGUGUGUUAUGAGUUUCCUUCUGAUGGGAAAAUGAGGGGCAUUCCUGUAAUUACACUCCAUUUUGGUGGUGCAGAUGUAAAGUUGUCUCCUUUGAACACUUUUAUUAGGGCUUAUGACAAUGUUUAUUGUCUUGGUUUUGUGCCGGGUGAUGACGUGGCAAUCUUUGGUAAUUUUGCACAGAUUAAUUUCUUGGUGGGGUAUGAUAUUAAGAAGAUGAUUAUUUCAUUUAAACCAACUGAUUGCAGCAAGCAGUAGUUGCUUAAUUAUAAUCUGUUUGUUCAACAAUAUAAUAAUGCCUUGAUAAUAAAUGUACUGAAUUGCAUCCAUUUUAUUUUUUUGGAUUAAUUUGUAUUAGAUGUCCUAUUUUUAUUUACU